AUGCUGCACAGCAAAGGGCUGCUGCGGCGGGUGGUGGUGGACGAGUGUCAUCUCAUCUUCACGUCGAGCGACUGGCGGCCGAAGCUGGCGGAGUUGAAGAACUUGCGGCUGCUGCCGUGCCCGAUCGUGCUGCUCACAGCGACGCUUCCGCCGGUGCGGGAGGGUGAGCUAGCAACAAGCAUGCUAAUUCCGUGCGCAAUGUACAUCCGGGCAAGCACCGUACGGCUAAACACGCAGUACUACGUGUUGUGGUGCGAGCGUGGCAAGGCGUUAGAGACAGCGGUGGCGAUGUGUCGACGGCAGCAGCAGCUACUGCUUAGCAGAGGCUGGAAGGGCGUGGUGUACUGUCGCAGCAAGCAGCAGUGUGAAGAGCUAGCUGAGGUGCUGGGGUGCAGGUGCUAUCACGCCAACGUGCCCAACUUGAAGCAGUGGUUGAUAGAAGGAGGGCUGAUGACAGCAACAUCAGCGCUAGGCACAGGGGUAGACUUCCCCAGGAUCGUGUUCAUACUGCACGUGAGGAUGCCGUGGAGCAUGAUCAACUACGCGCAGGAGAGCAGGCGUGGGGGGCGAGCUGGCGAAAGGGUGGAUUCAGUGGUGUUAGUGGAGCAGGGCAAGGUUGAGUGGAUGAUGAAGCAGAAGAGCAACAACUUGGACGUGCAGGUAAUAGGCAUGUUUCUGAUUAUUAGCGGGUGUCAACAAGGGCUAAUGAGCAGCUACUUAGACAGCAAGCGGGUGGAGUGCAACAACAUGGAGACAGCUAGGUGCAACUAG